GACUGCCCUCCAUCAAUUCCCAACUAUCCAGGAAAAGAUCAGCAGACAGGAGAACGAGAAGAUGGGAAAGGUUGUCUACUUUGGCCUUUUCUUCUUGGGCUGUUUCGUCUUUGGAUCAAAGCGUACCCCGGUGGAAGAUGAGGCUCUUCCAGCGACCAGUGAUGAACAACCGGCUGCGAAAUCUCCAUGCCCUUCUGGGGCACUUAGUUACAAACGAAACUGCUAUGUGUAUUUUGCAAGUUAUUUGUCUUGGGAGUCAGCGGAGGCUGCGUGUCAGAGCCACAAACAGGGAGCUCACCUGGCCUCCUUUUUCGACCCAAAGGAGGAAAAGAUGGUUUCUGCUUACAUCAGAGCCCGCAGCUCUACCAACUACGUCUGGAUUGGGCUCAGUGCUACGCCACACAGCCAUCUACACUGGGAAUGGAGCGAUGGAUCCCAUUACAUUUCCGGGUCAUCUCUCUGGGACAACCGGAGCCCCAGCACGUCCACCUCCUCCUCUUCUAGGUGUCUGACCCUGUACAACGUCCAGUAUCCAACAUGUAUGUAUGAAGGUUCUUAGCAGCCUCAUGGUUGCUGGGAACGGCCCUGCGAAAGAGAAACCUCCUGCUGCCUAGAUGUCACGUUCAUGACACAGAACCUGAGCACCCCCGGUCCCCUGCUGCCAACCUCCAGGGGGUGGCUGGGGUUUUCCUGCUAUUAUAACUGAGAUCAGAGAUCAAUUCCUCUGGAGAAAAGGCCUGCUUUGGAAGGGGCCUUACGUCCCACUGAAACUGGAGAUGGAGGGAGAGAUAACAGUAGGUUGGAUUUUGGGUGGGAAGGAGUUCAGGAAGCAGGAAAAGGGGACAGCCUGCAGGGACUUCCAGGGAAGAGAAAGGAAGAAUUGUGGGCAAAAGGAAAAUGAGAUUCCCCCCGACAAGUCUCUGCAGAUUCCCGCUCUGUUUGGGAAGACCAGAGCUCUGUGGAACCUAAUGUAUUUCUGCAGGGCCUGUAAGACAGAGCACCAGGCAUUCGGU